UUGUUAUAACGAUUGGAGUUGUAUUUAUUUAUAGUAUAUAUCCUAGACACAAAGAUAAAAUGUUUGCUAUUAACAUUUCAUUAUAUUUUACUUGGACUACAGUUCUCUUAGCAUAUUUUGAUUUUAAUACCAUAAAAGUUGAAAGUCAGGGAAACCGGAGAGGACAGCACUGCAUUUAUUGCAGACCUUUUUUAUGCUAUGGCUUCAUUCGCACUGAAAUUGUGGAAUAUUCUGUCAAUGUUGACGUUUCUAUUUGCUGGUACCACAAACGUUAGCUUCAAUGCCAAUGGGUAUUUUAAUUGCCACCUUCACCGUGAUGAAUUUGAACGAACGUCAGAGACUUUAGUAUCGCUACAGAUUUUAUAAGUGGCUGUCAAUUCGCACAACCAUGACGAACGGUUCAAUGUCAUUUAACCAAUCAACUGUUGAUCCUGAAGAUGUUAAAAGACAUUCAAAACUAGCCGAGAGCUGGUGGGAUCUCAACGGGCCCAUGAAGCUACUUCACGCAUAUAACUCAGUAAGAGUGCCUUUUAUACGAGAUGGUCUUGUACCACCUUCUACAGAGAGGACACUGGCGCCACUUACAAAUAAAAGUAUUUUAGAUGUAGGCUGCGGGGGAGGCAUACUUACAGAGGCAUUAGCUGAAUUGGGUGCGAACAUGACUGGCAUCGAUGCCAGUGAAGAAUUGGUAGAAGUAGCCAAAGAACACACAUAUAAUAAUCCUAGCAUUAUAAGUAAUAACCCCACUUACUAUUUCACGACUGUAGAGCAACACUCUGAACAGUUCCGCAAUCAUUACGACGCAGUUGUUGCUUCGGAGAUCAUAGAGCAUGUCACGGAUAAGGAAUUGUUUGUUAAGUCCUGCAUCAAGACAUUGAAGCCGGGAGGAAUAAUCUUUAUAACAACACCUUCUAAGACAAGAUUCACACAAAUAUUUAGCAUAUUUUUCGCUGAAAAUAUACUAGGGAUGAUACCCAAAGGAACACAUCAGUACGAUAAAUUAAUGACGCCAGAGCAACUUAAAUUAUUGUUGAACCAAAAUAAUUGCCCUGUGGAGGUGACUCGCGGUAUAACAUUUAACCCUCUGACCAGCAGGUUCUCUUUGACCGAUUCAACACGAAUGACCUUCGCCGUAAAAGCUGUGAAAAAUGCUAAUUAAGUAUUGUUUCACUUGUUUAUGAUAAAAAAAUAUAUAUUACUGUGGAAUAAUCUGUCAGACUUUUAUAAGAACACAUUUAAAUUAAACUAUAUUUCACACCCGA